GCAGCAUUUUUUGCAAUACUAGUGUCAUACACAUGCUGAGACGAUAUAAGGCGGUGUUUCAAAUGAUGACAAUCCAGUUGAUAAUCAAAUUUCAAACAAAUAAAAUCACCUUAUUUUAAAAUUGAAAAAAAAAUAAAUUAUAAUACACACAAGUCAGUCAUUAAAAAAUUGGAUAAACAAAUAAUCAACUAAAUAUCCAAAAAAAAAUAUAAAAAAAAAUUUUUUAAACUAUUAUUUAUAUUUUUUUUUAAACAAUAACAAUAUAAUUUGUUGAAAAAUAAUUUUGGUAUUUUGUUUUUGUUGUUAAUAGAGAUACUGGAAAUUAUAUUCAAAAAAAAAAUAAAUAAAGAUGGCAUCAUUGGUGAGAAAAUUAACUGAAAGUUAUCGCGAUUUAAUGGACAAUAAAAGUGAUCCAAGAGUAAACAAUUGGCCACUAAUGGAUGGACCACUUAAAACAUUUUUAAUAUGUAUUUUUUAUGCAUAUUUUGUUAAAGUACUUGGACCAAAAAUUAUGGAAAAUCGUAAACCAUUUGGUCUUAGAAAAAUCAUGAUUGUUUAUAAUUUAUUUCAAGUUUUAUUUUCAAUGUGGUUAUUUUAUGAGAGUCUUGCUGCUGGUUGGUGGAAUGAUUAUUCAUUUAGAUGUCAACCAAUUGAUUAUUCAAACAGUCCAAAAGCAAUGAGAAUGGCUAAUGGCUGUUGGUGGUAUUAUAUGAGUAAAUUUACUGAAUUUUUAGAUACAUUUUUUUUUGUAUUAAGAAAAAAAAAUAAUCACAUAUCAACACUUCAUGUUAUUCAUCAUGGUGUUAUGCCAAUGUCAACUUGGUUCGGUGUUAAAUUUACUCCAGGUGGUCAUUCAUCAUUUUUUGGACUAUUGAAUACAUUCGUACAUGUUAUUAUGUAUGGCUAUUAUCUUUUAGCAGCACUUGGACCAAAAGUACAACCAUAUUUAUGGUGGAAAAAAUAUAUAACAACAAUACAAAUUGUACAAUUUGUUGCUGUUAUGAUACACUCGUUUCAAUUGUUGUUUAUUGAAUGUGAUUAUCCAAAAGCUUUUGUAUGGUGGAUUGGUUUACAUGCAAUAUUAUUUUUCUUUUUAUUCAAAGAUUUUUAUAUCAAGGCUUAUAGUAAAAAAACAAAUACAAAUGAUAAAAAUAGUAGCAACAAAGUGCCUAUGAAAAAAGAGGAUGAUUAUGAAGAAAUUAAAAAUAAUGGCUUUUAUCAAAAUGAGUAUAAAAUAACAACUGGAUAUAUUUCUGAUAAUGGACUUAGAAAUCGUGUCUUUAUUGACAAAUCAAUGCAAGAAUAAUAUUUUUCAUUUUUAAUUAUUUUCUUUGACAAAUCAACAUGUGAUCAGAUUUAAUGUAAAGUAGUUUUUCUUUUUAUUUAAUUUUUUUUUUUCAUUAAAAUGUUUACGUCAGUGUCGUAAUCCAAAUUCCAAAGAUUUUUUUUCUUUUUUUUUUUUUCUCUUCUUCUUUUUUAAUAUUGUUAUUGUUUUUUUUUUUUUUUUGCAUUAAUUUAACGUACGAGUAUUUUGGUUUUAAUCAUUGAGGAUGACAAAAAUUUUCAUUGAGUUUUUAUUUUCUCAAUGGUUAGAAUUUAUUUUGUACCGAUUGACGACUGAUAUAGAGAAUUGCUGCGUUAAUAU